AUGAGUCUCAUCAGCGGUCAACUUCAGGCUCCGACGAGCAGCUUGCCGUCGCUGCGCUCGCUUGAUGAGUCCUCGGAAGAAUGCAUCUUCUCGGCGUUGCGCAACCUCUAUGCGCUCUACUGCCCGUUGUCCUCGGCGCUGAUCUUUCAGCAUCCAAAGACAAAACCCGCCGCGCCGGUCAGCGAGGUCCCCACACCGCUGGUUGAUUCCGGUUACGUCUCUGGCGACGAGGAUGGAGACGAGUACGAUGAUGCAGACAUUCUCGAGACUUUGCGCGCCGAUGCCUUUGAGCGCAACCAUGCCACGUCGUGGCUGACUGGCUUCAUCGCUCGUGCUGAGGGCUUAUCGAUCUGGAAGUCGGAGGAAGCGUGCGAAAACGCCAUCGACCAGGCGUCGUACGUACUUGCAUCCUUCAGCAGCACCGCGGAGGAGAAUCAGGACGAUGAGGAUAUCGAUAUUUUCCGCGAUUUCUCGUUUGACUUGGGAACCGCUGCUGCAGAUGGGGAAGAGCCCACAAAGAUUCAGAUCCAGCUUUUAGACAAGGCCAUCGGCGCGAGAUCUGAUCAUACCGACGUUGGAUUGCAAAGCUGGGGCGCAUCAAUCGUUUUCUCGGAUCUCUUAUGCGCUUCCCCUGAGCGCUUCGGCUUGACAAACCUCUGCCGCGCACCUCGUGUCCUUGAGUUGGGCGCCGGCACGGGACUGGUCGCCUUGACCCUGGCGAAACUGUUUCCUCUGAUUGGAACGACCGACGCCAAAGUUGUUGCAACCGAUUACCACGCCGCGGUGCUCGCCAACCUGAAAGACAACGUUACCGCCAAUUUUCCGGAUUCGGCAUCGCCCUCUUUGGAGGCAUGUCUUCUUGAUUGGGCAACACCCACCUUUGAUGCACCGCUCGACGAGCCCGCGGACCUCAUUGUCGCUACAGAUGUUAUCUAUGCUCCAGAACAUGCAAUCUGGCUGCGUGACUGUGUCGCUGCUUAUCUCGCUCCCGGUGCUAUUUUCUGGCUCAUGGUGGCACACCGGCGGGACGGCAAAUUCGAAGGCAUAAGCGAUACUGUCGCAUCCGCGUUCGCCAAUCCGGCUGAUCUGCCAAGAGAUAAGGCUGGACGUGCUCUCAGCAUACUGUCGGAGGAGCGGGUCGAAAAGCGUCGUGGCAUCGGUCGUGGAGAUGAGAGUCACUACAACCUAUUCAAGAUUGGUUGGUCGGCGCAAUAG